GAGGUUUGAUCUAAUGUCUGCUUUAUUUACGAGCUGUGUGGACGUGUGUCGCAUUUAUAUAAAGCCAAAGAAAAAGGAUGUUUGCCUUGGCUUUAAUGGAGAACAUAUAUGUAUGGCAUUGCAGUAUGUAGGCAGUACAGCAGUGGCGGUGCGUAUCCCAGCAUGUCUCUGUCCACACCAUUACCCGGGAUUCCCAAACCUGUCUUUGCCUCUGUGGGUGGCCAUGAGAAAAACGAGACAAAAAUCACCACAUUGGAAAAUGGACUUAAAGUUGCAUCUCAGAACAAAUUUGGUCAAUUUUGUACUGUUGGAAUUUUAGUAAACUCAGGCUCACGUCAUGAAGCGAAAUAUCCAAGUGGAAUUGCACACUUUUUGGAAAAGCUUUCAUUUUCUUCUACAGCCCAGUUUGGAAGUAAAGAUGAAAUUCUCCUGACUCUUGAGAAACAUGGAGGCAUCUGUGACUGCCAAACAUCCAGGGAUACAACAAUGUAUGCUGUUUCAGCUGAAGUGAAAGGUCUGGAUACUGUAGUGAACCUCCUGUCAGAUGCUGUUCUACAGCCCCGUUUAUUAGACGAGGAGAUAGAGAUGACCAGAAUGGCUGUUCGGUUCGAGUUGGAGGAUCUGAACAUGAGACCUGAUCCGGAGCCUUUACUAACAGAAAUGAUACAUGCUGCAGCAUACAGAGGAAACACGGUGGGCCUGCCUCGCUUCUGCCCUGUUAAUAACAUUGAGAAGAUUGACAAGAAGCUGCUUCAUGAGUAUCUACAGAACUAUUACUGCCCAGAGCGCAUGGUGUUGGCCGGGGUCGGCAUUGAACAUGAGCAGCUUGUCGAAUGUGCCAGAAAGUAUCUGCUAGAUGUUAAACCAGUUUGGGGAGUGAGCACACCUGCCAACGUUGACUUGUCUGUAGCACAGUACACAGGUGGCAUUGUUAAGAUGGUGAAGGACAUGUCAGAUGUGAGCUUGGGUCCCACUCCCAUUCCUGAACUAACCCACAUCAUGAUUGGUUUGGAGAGCUGCUCCUUCUUGGAGGAUGACUUCAUUCCCUUUGCCGUCCUCAAUGUGAUGAUGGGAGGUGGAGGGUCUUUCUCUGCUGGAGGUCCAGGAAAAGGCAUGUUCACUCGUCUCUACCUUAAUGUGCUCAACAGGCAUCACUGGAUGUACAAUGCUACCUCUUUCCAUCACAGUUAUGAAGACGGUGGUUUGCUGUGUAUCCAUGCAAGUGCAGACCCUAGACAGGUGCGGGAAAUGGUGGAGAUUAUUACACGGGAGUUCAUUCAGAUGACUGGGACAGCAGAAGUGGAGCUGGAACGAGCCAAGACACAGCUGAAGUCCAUGCUCAUGAUGAACCUGGAAUCACGACCGGUCAUUUUUGAAGACGUUGGUCGACAAGUACUUGCGACAGGCAAAAGGAAACUCCCACAUGAGCUUUGUGAGCUCAUCAGUAAUGUUACAGCCGAUGACAUCAAGAGAGUUACAACAAAAAUGCUCCGUAGUAAGCCUGCAGUAGCUGCACUGGGAGAUCUGACGGAGAUGCCCUCUUAUGAAGACAUUCAAGCAGCACUCACUAGUAAAGAUGGACGCCUGUCUCGCAUAUACCGCCUGUUCCAAUAGAUCAACGGCUGGCACCAUCUAGAGGCAAAUAUGAGGACUGAACCCACAAAUACUAUUCUUUUACUGACUGGAACUUAAGUGCAAUGCUUAGAAGGACUGUGGUUGCAUGUCACCUAUACAGUGUUUAGAAUUUCAAUUUAAAUGCUGGGUUGAUAACUUUUAUAUGACAAGUAAAGGGGCUGAGUUCAGUUUCUCUCCUGAGAGGCUGGUGUGUACUUAAAUUUUGCAUGAUUUUGUUUAACCUAUGUUUUAAAAGUGAAAUAACAUUGUCACUUUUGACAUUUCCUGUUGAAUUAGCAAAAUGGUCUUGCUGAUUGUGUUAGGCCAAAAAUGCUAUUUUUUACACUUCUGCGUUGCAGUUUAUACAUCUGGUUAACAUAAACCAGAAAGAUAUUCAGUACAUUACAUUGUGCUUAGAAUAUUUCACAAACUAGCUCUAUAAAGAACUCCCAGACAUACAUUAUUCAUUAGAUAUAAUUAAAAUAGUAAUGUAUUACAUUAUCUAAGCAGAAUGACUAAUACUGUUCACCUUCCAUUUACUACAGCAGAAAAAACAAACAUGGAACAGGAUGAUGGGUCUUAAAUGUAUUCUUAUGCUAUAGUCUGUUGAUUUGACUGUAUUGUAUACUGAAAUAACUGUAAUCAUGAACCACCUCAUGAAUAUCAACAUCCAUUUUUGCUAGUUUAUCCCACCAGUUUGUCAUAUUUAUUAUCUUGCCCUUUUUUCAGUGACUGUGUCUGUCUGCUUACUGUUUUAGUGAAUAAUUCUCUGUUGUAGGUUAUUCAAUGGGUGGAUCUGUCAUGAGUAAAACCCUCAUAUUCCCCUGAAAAAUAAAGGUUUGAUUCUGUGAAGUUCUUUAAAUUAA